UCGUAUUAACUAAUGUCUAAUAGUAAAAAAUAACAAUGGCUCUAUGAUUUAGCUAUUUUACCAUUUUUACCAUAUUAUUGGUAAAUUUACCGUAAAAUGUACCGGUAAAUUUACCGAUAUUUUUUUUUACGUAAAUUCUCCAUCUCUUAGAUUUUCAUGCCAGAGCUUUAAAUAUAUGUAGCCUAAAAUAAUCACUGUGUUUCGCAGAGUUCCUUCAUUUGAUUUAAAAUGAAAAAUGUAUCUUCAUUUUUUAAACAUUGCUUUACAAUGUUUCUCACCUCGAAUUAACUUUAUAAAUUUGCGGCUCCCAAAGUUAAGGUUAGUGGCCACCUCAGUACAAGACCAUGACUGUCAAUGGACCAAUUGAUAUUAGGUAGAUUUAAGUCUCCACAGAGGAUAACAUUUUCAUUUACAUACGAGUUAAGUAAAUAUUCUACUGUACUAGUAUAAGUCUCAUAGGAUAUAUUAAGAGAAUUAGGAGAAAAAUAUACACCACCAACUACAAAAUGUUUAUUUUUCAUACUAAAGCUAAUAAAUAGCUGUUCAAUAUUACCUAUUACUGCUAAUAGGAAUAAUUUUUGUGGGGAAUCUUUAUGUAUGGCAACAAGUACUCCACCACAUUUUGAACAAAACCUAGUUAAUAUACAAAAUUAUUAGAAAUCGGAGCACCGACAUAACUCCGUUUUGACAUUCCGGAAAGCCGAUCCGUUUCUACGGAGAGUCGGUGUAUAAGGGCCACAGGUUAGUUAGCGCGACCAAUCGCGUAACGGCAAGCCGUCGCGGCGUUAUCUCGCUUUUUUUUCGUUAUCAAUAUAGUUGUUUUUUUUUUCAAAAAAAUGUAAUCGGUUUACAAUUCUUUACUCUGUUUUUUUACUUUUAGACCUUUCUUCAUCGCCCUUACUGCAACUUUCGGUUUAAUUAUUCUUUUAAAACCCGCAGAUAUGCGGCUCGCAACCUAUCCUCGAAAGAGCUUCCACAAACCGAUCGUCUUCAAUCAGUCGGUCUUCUUAGAGCGGAACCGUUCGUUACAACAUGGAUAUAAUAUACCUUUUUUUUCAAAAGAAAUGUUGCUGUAUACACUGUACUAGAAACUAGUAUAGUAAAUUAUAGUUCAUGGAUAAAUAAUGGUCACAAAUUAUGACAAACUUUCUAAAACAAUAUUGGAAAAAUCAUGUGAAACAAACAUUGUAGCUACUACCUCAUCAUGUAGUAAUCAAGAAAUGUUGUGCAAUAUUGAUAAACAUUCAAACAUUUCACAGGAACCCUUUGUACAAAUAUCCAGAAGCACUUAUAUAUUAUCUGAAAUGAAAACAUUUCUAAACAUGAAUGAAGAACAUACAAGUGUUUAUGAGUCUGCAUCUCCUAUGUGUUCUUACAACACAUACGCAAUACAGUUUUCAACACCCCGUCCAAUAUUAUAUGCCUCAGCUAUACUCAAUAAUGGUUCAACCAAUUUUGUUGUUAAUCGUGUUGAAAAUUAGUCUUAUGUAUUAACUUUGAAAUUUUUUUGGUGUAAAUGUACCACAUUUAAAAGGUAAUAGUUAAAAAAAACUUAAU